AUGGUAGACUACAAGUCAGCCAAGGAGGCGUUCCAUGCCGAUAACCCCGGGUCGUCGGUCCAUUACAUCAACCUCAUCAGUAUCACUGCCCUUACAGGUUAUGCGCUGUUCGCGACCGCGUCACGCCGCACUGAGGGCCGGCUGCUUGACUAUGGAACGACCGUCCUUCCUCUCCUCCUGGCGAUGACAAUCAUGUCAUCCCAUCUCAUUUUACUGAACGGAGUACUCGCCAUCGCGACAUGGGUGCUCAGCGCGACCACUCCAAGGGCAUGGUACCCUCAUCGGGUGACGAAGCCGCGUGGACGAUGGCUCGCCGAGAGCGACAGUGAGGACGAAGGAGGCAGCGGGCGCCGAACACCAAAACGCCGGCCCAAGGUCAAACUCCCGUCACAGGUGGUGGCUGAAGCCAAUGCCGCCGAGGCUGAGCGUCGGACUUCGGGCUCGGCUUCAGCCUCGGCCCUAUCCUCCCCCGUAUCGCCGGACGAGGGACGCCGCCGCCGCGUCUCUCCGGUCCCCUGGGCGAGCGGAGCUGUCAUCGACAUUGGCUCACCUCAGCCUCAGCGCAGCUCCUCCCCCAUGAAGCACGACACUCCACCCACACAUGCACAACUUCCGCACUCGCGCGCUGGCCGGCCCGUACGCCCACGUACACACCUCCCCUUCCUCUCGGUAUACCGCGCCCACAUGAUGGUAAUGACCAUUCUCGCAAUCUUGGCCGUUGACUUCCCUGUGUUCCCUCGCGUCUUGGGGAAGACGGAGGACUGGGGCACGGGCCUCAUGGAUGUCGGUGUCGGCUCGUUCGUCUUCUCUCUCGGCAUCGUGAGCUCCAAGGCCUUCUCCGCUUUCCGGAGAGGCAAGAUGCUCUCCACGCUUCUCGUUUCCCUCCGUCGCGCCCUCCCUGUACUUGCCCUGGGUUUCGUUCGCCUCCUCAUGGUCAAGGGCGUCGAGUACCCGGAACACGUCACCGAGUACGGCGUACACUGGAACUUCUUCUUCACGCUCGGCUUCGUGCCUGCGCUCGCAACCGCCCUCCUUCCGCUUCGCCGGGAGUUCAAGUGGGGCACCAUCGCGGUCGCGAUUAGUGCUUUGCAACAGUUGAUCCUCGCCAUGCCAGGCCUCACCCCGUUCCUUCUCAACAACUACCGCCCCAACAUUAUCGCCGCGAAUAAGGAGGGCCUCGUCUCGCUACCCGGCUAUUUGGCUAUCUUCCUCGUCGGGCUCGGCAUCGGCGAACAUAUCCUGACCCUCUCCACUGGUCGGCGGAGGAGACGCUCGUCCCCUCGCCGAAGGGAAGCCGUGACCAGCGGUAACGAGAGCGACGACGAGUUCUCAGACCCUGACGCGGCGGCUGAAAGAGCAACGCGCCGGCGAUCUGAGCUCGCCCUCGAGCUGGCGGGCUACGCGGCUGCAAGCUGGAUCGCGCUCGGCGCAUGCAGCUACUUGGGCUGGCGGGUGUCGCGUCGUCUCGCCAACGCUCCAUACGUACUCUGGACGGUCGCGUACAACGCAUCCUAUCUCGCCGGCUACCUCUUCAUCGAGAUCUGGAUGUGCGACCCGCGACCCGGGCAUGCCGAACGCGCCUGCCCGCCCCUCCUGGAUGCGGUCAACGCCAACGGCCUCGCCGUCUUCCUCCUGGCCAACCUUGGGACUGGUCUCGUUAACAUCAGCAUGCAGACCAUGUUCGCACCCGACUGGCUCGCGAUGGGCGUGCUCGUCACGUACAGCGUCGCCAUUUUAGGCAUUGCAUGGCUGCUGCGUGGGGUCCGGAUCAAGAUCUAA